AUGACUGUCUCCAUUAUCGUCACCAUUAUCGUCACUGUUACCAUUAUUGUUACCGCCACCAUUACUGUUGUUACCGUUAUCGUUAUCGUCACCGUUACUAUUACCGUUACCGUUACCGUCAUUGUUACCAUAACCGUUAUCGUUUCCCUUACCGUCACUGUUACCGUCACCGUUACCUAUAUUGUAACCAUCACCGUUAUCAUUAUCAUCACCGUUACCAUCACCGUUACCAAUACUGUUACCAUCACCAUUAUCGAUACAAGUACCAUCACCGUUAUCGAUACUGUUACCGUCACUGUCACCGUUACUGUUACCUUUAUCGUUAUUAUCAAUUUUACCUUCAUCGUCACCAUCACCGUCACUGUCACCAUCACCGUCACCGUCAUCGUUACCAUCAUUGUCACCAUUACCAUCAUCGUUACCGUGACCGCCACCGUAAUCAUCACUAUUACCACCACCGGUACCUUUACCGUCACCGUUACCGUCACCGUCACCCUCAUCGUUACCCUCACCAUUAUCGUCACCAUUACCUUCACUGUUUUCGUCACCGUUACCUUCAUCGUUACCGUUGCCGUUGUCGUUACCAUUGCCAUCACCGACAGCGUUAUCAUCACCGUUACCAUUACCAUCACCAUCAGCGACAGCGUUAUCGUCACCGUUAUCAUUACCAUUACCAUCACCGUCAUCAUCACCGUUACUAUAAUUGUGGCCAUUAUCAUUACCAUUACCUUUAUUUUAAUCGUCAUCGUUACUAUUUCUAUCACUAUUAUCAUUACUGUCACCGUUACCGUCACUCUUACCAUCAAUGACACUGUUAUCGUCACCGUUACUAUUAGUAUCACCACUAUCGUUAGCGUGAUUGUCAUCGUUACCAUCACCAAUACCAUGACUGUCUCCAUUAUCAUCACCAUUAUCGUCAUUAUUACCAUUACCGUUACCGUCACCAUUACUAUUACUAUUACUAUUACUAUCAGCGUUACUAUUUCUAUCACUAUUAUCGUUACUGUCACCGUUACCGUCACUAUCACCGUUACCGUCAAUGGCACUGUUACCGUCACCGUUACUAUUACUAUCACCAUUAUCGUUAGCGUGAUAGUCACCGUUACCAUCACCAGUAUCAUGACCGUUUCUAUUAUCGUCAUUGUUACCGUUACCAUUAUCGUUAUUGUCAACGAUACCGUUAUUAUCACCGUUAUCGUUACCGUCACCCUCACUGUCACCCUUAAUUUUAUUAUUCCAAUCGCCGUCACCCUUACCGUUACUGUUACCGAUAUCGUUACCGUCACCAUUUUUGUCACCGUUACCAUCACUGUUACUGAUACUGUUACCAUCACUGUUAUUGUUACCGUCAUUGUUAUCAUCAUCGUUACCGUUAUCAUUACAAUUACCAUCAUAUUUAAUGUUACCAUUACCGUCAAUGUUACCAUUAGCGUUACCGUUACCAUUAUCGUUACUGUCACCGUUAUCGUUACCGUCACCGUUACCGUUAUCGUUACUGUCACCAUUAUCGUUACUGUUACCAUCACCGUUACCAUUACCGUCAUUGUUACCGUCACCGUUAUCGUUACCGUCACUAUUACCAUUACCAUAAUCGUCACCAUCACUUUUGUUGUCACCAUUACCGUCAACGUCACCGUUACCGUCACAAUUACCAUCACCGUUAGCAUCACUAUUACCGUUACCUUCACCGUUAACAUUACUGUUACCUUAACCAUUACUGUUACCGUCACCGUUACUGUAAUCGUGGCCGUUAUCGUUACGAUUAAUGUUAUUUUUACCUUCACCGUUACUAUCACCAUUGCUAUUUCUGUCACUGUUAUCAUUACUUCAUCGUUACCAUCACUCUUACCGUCAACAACACUGUUACCAUCACCGUUACCGUUACCGUUAGCAUGA